CGACGCGUGUCGCUUUGGACGCGUCCAUCUCAGAAUCAGUAUUAGUAGCAUGGUCACCUCAAGCGACGUGCAGCGCCUCUUCUUACAGGCCGUCUUCUCACGCGGAAUCCUUUCUUACAACCACGCCCUGGUGCUCUGGGAAAAGUGCGUGGACGCUGUCAAAGUUGCCAAUCCGGCACUAGACGUACACGCCAGUGAUAGACGUCAAGAAUGGGAUGCGUUUGUAAAUAGAAUUAAUGAUUCUCUCAAUCCUCUUGAUCUCGAGUUCCGUCAUGUCCUGGACGAGGAAACAGGCAAGGAAAUGUAUGCCGUGGUGAACACCAGGGGCGAUGAGAUUGCCCAGAUGGCUACCGACUACAGCCCUACUGAGAUCGCGUACUUCAGAGCAGUCGUUGAACAAAUCAUGCUUGCGCCUAAUGAGUGUUAUUCCUUGUCAUCCCUUGCCGCAUUGCGCGAAGUUAACGCACUGAAAACGAACAUGACCAAGUCCCAGGCAGAGACAGUCCUCAACAGCCUCGUAGCUAGAGGUUGGCUGCUCAAGAGCAAGCGUGGCCGUUAUUCCUUGUCUACCCGCGCGCUUCUGGAACUCUCGCCGUACCUCAAAUCAAACUACCCUGAUGAGUGUCUCGAGUGCACGAUUUGCAUGGAGAUCGUCACUCGCGGUGUGGCAUGUAACACUCCUGCGUGUCAAACCCACAUACACCACCACUGUUUCAGGAAGCUCCCCGCUAAACAGGCUCGUUCGUGCCCCACCUGUCAGUGCAACUGGCCGCAGGACGGAAGGACACUGAGACCCAUCGGCGAAGCGGCUAUCAAGGACGGUCAGGACGAGGGCCGAAGAAGAAGCAGGAAGAGUACUGCUGAAGCUAGUGACGAGGAGAACGAGGAAGAAGAAGACUCGGGGAUGGAAGAGCACGAGCCUUCCCAGUCGCAGCGGCAUAAAAGGCAAACGAGGAGUAACGCUGCAGUGGAGGUCGACGAGGGGGAAGAGCAGGAGGAGGAAAAACAGGAGGAAGAAGAGGAAGAACUUCCGCGACCCUCACGCGCCACCAAAAGUCGUACAGAAUCGCGUCGCCGGCGCAAGUAGUGGUGUCUAUAAUACGCGAACCAAUUACAGUACACACCUACAUAAUCGCUGCCUACUCGUUACUCCUUGUAGUUACUACCCGUGCCUCGCAUUGCGAAUAGCGACGGUACUCUGUUAUCAUCCGCUCCGUG